CUGUUAAUCAUCAGUUUAUCAACUUUGACCCGGUCAAAUUGUUCUUAUUGGUUGCGAGAAAAUAAAUAUUUACAUCACUCUCAAAGUACAACCCAUCAAAGUAACAGUGAAUUUCUACUUGUGCCGUCUCUGAUCAGACACGUUCGGUGAAUCUUGCUUUGACACAUAAGUGUUCUGUUCUCUAACAAAAAUUACUUGAAAAGCUUAUGAGUACCACCAACCACCGAAAAUGUAUAGUUCAAAAGAAUCUUUUGGCGAGAUGACUAAUCUUGAUUUCUGCCAAGGUUUGAAGAGCUAUCCUUUUGUGGAGACGCCAGAACCUAUGAAAGGUGACGUUUGUCCAGAAAACGACUCAUAUGAUAAUGACUGCGAUAGCGAAAGAGAUUCGCAACUGAAACAAGCCGUUGAGAAAGUAAACGAAACUGGAGACAUGAUUCACAUUAUAAAACAGGAAUUGAAAUGUCAGAUAUUGUACAAGAGGUUCCAGGAAGGAAAGAAUGCUGUCGAUACAGAAGUGAAACCUCCUGUGCAAUACGAGGUAAUUAUAAAACAUUUCUUAUUUCGUCAAUUAUCUGUUAUUAAUCAUUUAUCUCUUGCUUGUUUCUGUCGUAGGACUGCGGCCAUGCUAGGGCAUCGCCUUAUUAGGUUUUUAGUUGAAAUAAUCGGUCGUAGUAUUUGGCUGAAGACUACACAAAAGCACUAUCACUGUCGUUACAAAACUCAACUGUUCUUCUCUGGAAGAAACACAAGAUUAAAUAAAAUGGCUGACACUAAGAGUCAAAACUAA